AUGUCUCCCGUACCCCGAUACCCUCGCUCGGUUCCUUUCUCUCUUUUUACCCGCGAACCGAGAGCCCAACGACUUGCAGCUGGUCCUGCAAACUUCUUACGAGACAUUCAAUUACCUCUAGACAACGCACAUUCGUCGCUCCCUAGUCUCUACUCGCUGUCACGCCCCUUCUCACAAAGCAAGAUGGGUUCAUUACCGGUUGGCCGCCUCCACAAGGGCAACAUCAACCAGAACAUCCUUGCCGCCAGGUAUGCGGUCCGCGGUGAAUUGGCCGUCAAGGCAGAGGAAUACAGAGUCAAGCUGGAGCAAGGGAAAGAGCCGCUUCCGUUCGACAAGGUUAUUUUUGCCAACAUCGGGAACCCGCAACAGCUGGAUCAGAAGCCUAUUACUUUCUUCCGACAAGUACUGAGUCUUAUGGAGCAUCCGCCACUGCUGGAGAAAGAAGAGGCUUUGAAGUCGGUGUUUGGGUACAAACAGGAUGCUAUUGAUCGCGCGAAACUGCUUUUGAAGGACGUCCAGAGUGUGGGUGCUUACAGUCAGAGCCAUGGGUCGCCGUUGGUACGAAGAAGCGUUGCGAAAUUCCUCGAGAAGCGUGAUGGCUUUCCCGCGGAUCCGGCUCACAUCUAUCUCUCUGCUGGAGCGUCGUCAGGAGUGAACACUCUCCUCAAUAUCCUCUGUGCGGGCCAGGACAAUGGUGUCCUCGUUCCUAUCCCUCAAUAUCCGCUGUACACUGCUACGCUGGCUGUGCUCAACGCACGAUGCGUUCCCUACUAUCUUGAUGAAGCGAGCAAUUGGAGUACAGACGUUAAGGCGAUUCACAUGUCCGUUGCACAAGCCAAGGCACAAGGCACUGAUGUUCGCGCAAUCGUGGUGAUUAACCCAGGCAAUCCUACAGGGGCAUGCCUUGGCCCAGACGCCGUGAAGCAGGUGAUUGACCUUGCAGUUGAUGAGAACCUUGUCAUCAUCGCCGACGAGGUUUACCAGACCAACAUCUUCAAGGGAGAAUUCACAUCCUUCAAAAAGAGACUACGACAGCUGCAGCAAGAAGCUCCUGGCAAAUACGAUCAUGUGGAACUCGCUUCGUUGCACAGUGUGUCCAAGGGAAUGGUGGGAGAAUGUGGCCAUCGAGGAGGCUACUUUGAGCUCGUUGGCUUCCAUGCCGACGUUGAAGAGCAGAUCUACAAAUUCAUCAGCGUGAUGCUCUGUCCACCGGUGAUCGGGCAGUGCCUUGUGGAGCUGAUGGUCAACCCUCCACAGCCGGGAGAGCCAAGCUAUGAAACAUACCAGCAAGAAUACAACGCGAUUGCGUCUGGCCUGCACCAGCGUGCUCUCGCAUUAUACGAGGCAUUUAAGCGAAUGGAGGGCGUUGAAUGUCAAGAACCGCAGGGCGCCAUGUACCUAUUCCCGACAAUCACACUUCCACAAAAGGCCAUCGAAGCCGCUCAGGCACAAAACCGACAUGCUGACGAGUUCUACGCCCUCCGUCUCCUCGACGCUACAGGUGUCUGCAUCGUCCCAGGUUCCGGCUUUGGUCAGAAACCAGGGACAUACCAUUUCCGCACGACGUUCUUGGCUCCGGGGACCGACUGGGUGAAUAGAAUUGUGGAAUUUCACAGGAAAUUUAUGGAUGAGUUCAAAUGA